AUGUCCACUGCGCAGAGUCAGCAGGACGCGCCAUCGGGGUCGCGCGACGUCGAGGCGGCAGACAGAGGUUACGGCUCCCACCGUAUGAACGGCGACCGACGACGGCGACGGUCGUCCUCGCCCCGCGAGUCGGAGAAGCUCACCGUCACGUCCAAGCCGCACCCUUUCUGGAGCACGAAGAGGGGGAAGGGGGUCAUCGCGCUGGUCGUUCUCGUGGUCAUUGGGGCGAUUGUUGGGGGUGCGAUUGGAGGUGCGAUUGGGAGCAGGGGCGACAGCGAGCCAGACGCGAUGAAUACCACGUCGGAACCACCGUAUGCCACCACCACGGCGAGCAACGCCAUUACGACAUCGAACACACCGGGAAGCCCAGACGUUGUGGCGGAAGGUCCACUGUGA